AUGCCACCAGGGUCGAGGAACGAUGGGAUUGGACGAGGCGGCCGCGUGGCUGCUCGCUGUGCAGACAGCGCAGAUGAUGUGGCGAUGGCAGGAGGCGGGAGCAGCUGCAGCAAGCACCCGCACGCCCUCGCCCUCGUGGCAGCGUGCGCUCUCAGGGGGCAGCCCGCCGCCCUGUACGUCCUCCACGCCUUCGCCCUCCGCGCCCGCACCGCUGCACCCUCUGCUCUCGCUGCUCCCACUGCUCCCACCAGCUCGCCGAAGAGAGAUCCUGCAGCGGCAGCUGCUUUUGAGUCGACUCAAAAGCGUGCUCCCACCAGCUCGCAGAAGAGAGAUCCCACAGCGGCAGCUGCAACAGCAAGAGUGGCGCAGGCUGUGGCGAGGCAGGGGAUUGAACGGGCAGUGCUGGGGGAGGUAGUGGCGGAUGGGCACGUGUGCCGCAGACUGCACUGCCUCGCUGCGAGGCUGCAGGCUGCUGCUCCUGCUGCUGCCGACGCAGCAGCUGCGGCAUGGGGCGUGCCACGUGUGCCUGCUGACGUGGAAUGCCAGCUGGCAAGUGUGCCGUGCCCGUUGGCUGCGUGCAGGAUGGUGCAGCAGGCGGCAGAUGCGGGCAGUGCAGGUGGUAACGCAUGUGGCGACGCUGCUGGCGGUGAUGUUGGCAGCGAUGGGGAGGAGGGUUCGGACUGGGAUUCAGAGAGUGGGGAAGUGUGGAUGGGGUGGACGGGCGGGGAGAGUGACGACGACGAGAGUGAAGGGGGCGAGGAAGGGGGAGAGCGUGCAGAGAGUGCAUUGCUUAAGAGCAGCAGUCAACACCCCCUUCCCCCUCCUCAACACCCGCAUGAUCAUGCCACUCCCAGGUCUCAGCGUGGAGAACCAAAGAUAGAGGGUCUCGCAGUGGGAGCUGGAGGGGCCGGUGCAGAGGGAGAUGACGCGGUUCUGAGGGGUUUUGGGAGGGCGCUAUCGCUGGUUCUCGCUCAGUACGAGGCCGGGUUUGCCCAGCUCGCCCGUGCGUGCGUCGCCUCUCUUUCUGCCUCAUCUCCAACAGCAGCAACAGAUUGUUCCAGCCCUGCACGCUCACAAGCAGGCAGUCCAGCCGGUCCGUCAGAUGCUGUGCUUCUACUGGCCAUGCGGAGCAGGCGACUGAGGGCGCAGCUGAGGCGCCUGGUGAUGUUGCUGGGGAUGGAUCCGAGAGCGAGGGAGACAGCAGGGGGUGGGAUGAAGGGGCACCCAUGGGAGGACGGGGCGCUAAGGGGGAGGGAGACAGCAGGGGGAAAGAUGGAGGAUGCGUGGUCGGUGGUGUACCAGUGCCCUCAGAUGGUCAUGCCUAGCUCGUCAGAUCAAAGCAGUUCAGGCAUGAGAGACAUGCCUCUCACUCCACCCCCUCCACACAGGUCCCACACGCACCACAUACACUGCACGCCCCACACGCACCACGCAGACCGUGCUGUUGCUGCCAGUGGUGGCAGCAGAGGCCUGAGGAGCACUAUGGCCCUGGGUGACCUCUCCUCCCUGCAUCCCUCCCUCGCUGCUGCUGCUGCUGCCACUGCUGCUACUGCUGCUGCUGCCGGGAGUGCUGCUCCUGCUGGGAAUGCUAACCCUGCCACCAACGUCACCAUCGCCAUCACUCGUAGCCCUGCUACCCCUGCUACCCCUGCUACCCCUGCUGGGCAGUUCACUCCCACUAGCGGCGUCACUUCGCGCAUGGUUGCCCCGUCUCAUCUGGUUACCCCAUCCCGUCAGGUUAUCCCAUCACAAAUGAUAGCCCCAUCACAAAUUAUAUCCCCAUCACAGUUCGACACACCUCAUUUCCUGUCCAACCAGGCAGCAGCCGGCGAUGCGUGGAGUGCGGCACUCUUUCUUCGUCCCAGCAAGAUCAACCACCUGCUGCCCUUGUUCCUCCAUCAAGUCUCACACCUCGUUGUAAGAACAGCACAGCAGCAGCACAUUCUUCUCUCCGCCCCCUCCCCACCGAUUCGCCAACUCGCUUCCCACCUAUCCUCCCUCAUCUCCUCCCUCCUCCUCCCCCACUCACAACCCUUCCCCUCUCUGCCAACCAAAGGAGAAAGGCCACGUUACAAUCAACCAGCUCUUGCGUCUGAUUGGUCCAUCGAUUUCAACUUGCCUGGGGUGGCCCGAACCAGAGAGAUUGUCCAGCACCGGCUUGCCAAGGCUGAGCUGCAGGUUCGGAAGCUUCUGGACGCCCUGGAACCUCGGUCCGUGCUCCAGCAUGCAUCGAUCCAUGGGGGGUGUGCGGUUGAACAUGCAUGGAGGCAUGGGGAGGGUGGGGUUGAACAUGCACAGGAGAGAGGAAGCAAGGGAGUAGCGAAGGGGGGAAUUGAGGGAGCUAAAGGCGCAACAGAGAGAUCAAAGGAAGGAGGAAAGGACGGAGGAAUUAGGGGAGAUAGGGAAGGAUCAAAGGAGGGAGCAAAGGAGGGAACAAAGGAGGGAGUAAAAGAGGGAGGGAAGGAGGGAUCAGGAAAGGGGGCAGCAGCAGGCAGUGGGAGGCGAAAACAGAAAGGCGUUGAGGUUCAAAGUGGGAAGCACAGUGGGAGGCAGAGAAGUGGGCAGAGUGGGAAGCAGGGUGGGCCGGGUAGGCAACACAGUGGGAGGCCUGGUGAGAAGCAGAGUGGGGAGCCGGGUGGAAAGGCGGGUGGGCGUGGAGCGGCAGCAGGGAGGGGAGGGGGGCAUGUGACGGAUGAGGAGAGGCGGCUGGUUGGCAUGGCCGUUACAGAGAUGGAUGGGAGCUUCGAUGAUGCCGUCCAUGCCCACCUGCUUCUGCCCAUCCGCGCAAGCCACGCACUGGUGAGCAGGGCAGCAGUGCAAGUACUGUUCACAGUGGGGCGCUACCGCGACCACUGCACCGCACUGCACCGCCUCUUCCUCUCUCCCCACUCCGCCCUGCCCUCCGCCCUCCUGCACGCCCUCCAUGCCGUGGUGAGUGCCGCAUGCCACAGCAGCAUCACGCCCUAUCUGCUGCCCUCGAAUGCUGACUGGGCCAGCCUUCGCUCGCUGCCAGAGCAGCAGCAUGCGCUCUCAUCCGCCCUGGACACGGCCAUCUCACGAGCCUGCCUCUCCUCCCUGCCCUCCGCUCUGGGCACGGCCAUCUCUUCUAACUUGCUUGCUGCUGCUUCCAUCCCAUCUCCCUCUACCUCAUACCCCCUUCCCCUUUCUGCAGGACUGGGCCAGCCUUCGCUCGCUACCAGAGCAGCAGCAUGCGCUCUCGCCUUCAUCUCGCCCUCCUCCCUCUCCUCCUCCUCCCUCUCCUCCUCCUCCCUCUCCUCCAUAUCAUCACCGCCACCUCAGCCAAUGUCGCCAGGGUUGGGAGGGGGGGGAGUGGGCAGUGUGAGCAAGCAGCUGACGUGGAGUCCUUUGUCUGCCCACCGGCUGGGCGCGUUUGACUUUGUGUGGGUGGGGUACGACCCGGGCUGGCCUGCCAGCGUGGUGAUAACGCCCCACCUGCUGCAGCAGUAUGGAAACAUUCUCACGGCGCUGCUCAGGCUGCAGCACGUGCAAAGGGCCCGUUGUGAUGACGCUGCUGCAGCAGUAUGGGGUGGAGACACGCUCACUGCGCUGAUCAGGCCUGCCAGCGUGGUGAGAAGGCCUAAGCUGGUGCAGCAUUAUGGAGACAUGCUCACUGCGCUGCUCAGGCUGCAGCACGUGCAGCUGGCCACCAGCAGCCUCACCGUUCACAUCAAGGUCCUCCGUUCAGCUUUGCUGAACCCGUCGCUAGCACCAGCAGCAGAAGCAGCAGCAGCAGCAGGCACGGCAGUGCACAGGGAGCGGUAUCGGCGGCUGUGCUUCCUCAACGUCUUCACCGUUCGUGCAUCACACCUCGUGUCUUGCAUGCUUGCCUUCAUGAGCGCUCAGCUGCAGCGAGCAGCGCAGCAUGGGGACCAGAUACUGCUGCUGGGCACUCAGGCAGAACACAUGCCCCCUCUGGUGGGUCUGGGUAUUCCAUGGGACCUAUUCUCAUUCCAGGAGGCACAUGCACAGUUUCUGCUUUACUGCACAACCAGGUGUCUGCUGGACGCUCGCAGUGCUGCCAUCAGGGAGCGACUAGACAGCCUGCUGCAGCUGGUGCUGGAUGUGCAUCGCAGCGUUGACUCUGCUCGCAUGGUCGCUCCUCUCUCUGAGUUUUUUCUCGACGACGAUGCUCCCAUCUGGGAGGAGGUGGAGGAGCACGUGGGAGAGUUCAACGAGGCUCUGAAUGAACGCUCGGAAGCGAGGGAGGGCAUGAGGCGGCGAAUCCAGCUGGCUCAGCCAUGCGGGGAGGCAGGGGCGGAGGGCAGAGGUGGGGAAGGUAGAGAGGGGGAAGGUUACAGAGGCAGAAGCGGGUCUGAUGCACAGCCCGGGAGACAAGGGGUGUGCGCAGAGCCUGGGGGGGGUGGUAGGGCUGGGUUUGGAAACACAGUGCCAGCACGGGAGGAGGCAGAAUUAAGCAUGCACAUGAGCAUGGGGCGGUUCCAAGGCACCCCUCACGGCACAUUGGGGAGGGAGACAGAGCUGGACCGCAGGUUGGAGGCAGCCCUACGGUCCGGUGACCACACAGCAGCGCUGCGGGUGAACGAGGCGAUUAUCAGAAGGGAGAGCGCGCGCCGGCAGAGACAGGCAGAAUGGCACAUGCAGCUUGCAGCGAGCUUGCAGGAGCAGGAAUCGGCGCGGCGCAAGAAACGGCAGCGGCUGAAUUGGGGGAUGGAUGUGCUGCGCAAGUCAGAAGGGAAGGGCAACAUGUCCUCUGUUGCAAGAGCAGACAGGUCCACCGGCGUGACCGCCGCGACCGCCGCGACAGUGGUGGCGGCACGGGCGAGGUUAUUUGGGGAGCGCUUUCGAUCUCCUGGUAGCGCAUCGUCGGUGUGGCGGUCCGCCGCGCUGCGCGGGCAUACGACGCGGCGCGAGCGAGGCGGUAGAGGGCCGCGCGGAGUUACAGUGACGGCCACGUGUAAGCCUCUCGAUGGGCGGGAAAGGGGAAACUUCCCGGGGGGAGGACGACCGGCGACGGGGAGAAGUUUUGGGGAGGAAUUCCGCGCCUUCACGGAGUCAACUCGUCCGCGCCUUCACGGAGCUCGCACCCUCCAUCCAAUAUCCCGUCCCCAUCUCCCCACCUUCUCCCCUUUUCCCCCGCCUCUCCCGCCUCAACCCCAUUCCCCUUUCCUCCCCUUCCCCCACCUUCUUCCCCCACCCCCCCCCCUCUCCCCGCGCUCCGCCUUCCCCCGACCUCCAGGGGACGUGGUGAGUCGCGGCGUGGACCGCGCGUUCACGGAGCUGGCGGAGUUGGAUAAGUCGCCCGGGAGCGACGGGCGGCAGGUGAUCAACGUGCCCGAGCUCUACACCGGCAUCCUCAUUGUCUACGACAACGUGAAUUCGCUCGUGCCCGGGAUGCACAUCAGCCCGCCUUCCAAGAAGCAAGUUGUCCAGCUCGUACAGGAUUACGACAUAAACCACGACGGCGUGUUGGACAGGAAGGAGUUCGGCGAGCUCGUGCGACACUUCGCACGCACCGUCGUGGCGAGAGUGGUGCUCAACCUCGUCGUCAUCUUCUCGCUUGUGCCUUUGCUCGUGUCGCUCGCUAAAAAGCUCACGCAUAAGCGCUCUUUUUUUGCUCCACCCCUGCGCUCCAUCACUCUCCAUCACGCCGUGUGGACCACCCAUGCCGCUCAAGCCACUCCAGCCGCUCAAGACACGUACGCCACCUACGCCACCAUCCCUGUGACUCCCCUGGUCUUCUUCGAUGUUGUGAAUGCGCGCUCCUCUCUCCGACCCCUCCUCUUCCUCCCCUCUACCCGAACCCUCGUCCUCUCUUCCUUCCGAGUCACCUCUGUCACCUUCUGUUUCCGCACAGUCAUGAUCCGUCUCACUUGUAACAUAGCGAAAACCGGCGACAGCAGCCAUCUGUUCGCGCAGCAGAAGAAUCUCCUCUCCUUGCCUCUCCACCUCGGCCCUUAA